UCACGUUUCAUGUGGCAUAUAUGCGUGAACAUACAUAAGCAUAUCUAUUCGUGUUGCAAUUGUGUGCGUGUUUAGGUUACUGCAAAAACGGCUGCUGUUGCCACAAAGGGUGAAAAACAAGACAUAUUCGUAGUACAUAAUGCUAUAAGCACCUUCUUCAGCUGUCUAAAAUUUUAUGGUGUAAUGCAGAUGCUGCUCGGAUCAAUACAAAGCAUCUGAACGAAUGUAGAUAAAAAAAAACAGCACCAAGAAAUCGCUGGAGAUCAAGGUGUGCUAUGCUAGCAUACAAUGAGAUACAUAUUAUGCCAUACAAGUUAUUGAGAUUGCAAACGGAAAAAUGGAAACAAUAUCCAAGAUCUCCCUGAUAUUUGCUGCAUUGCUAGUUUACAAUGCCAUCAAUGUCAACGCCAAUGUCUCAGCCAAUAAAAAUAAUCAAGGAGGCUGCAGCUCCGUCUAUAGCGAUAGGAGCACCAUAUUACAACUGCAACAAAGUAGAAGUAGCAUUACGGGAUCGGGUCCUGUGACGAUACGCACAUGGCAGGAGCACGAAUUCUCGCUGUUGGGCUACAAAUUCCAUCUACCAUUUGUGGGACAUGCAGUCGACUUGGAUGUGGAUGAUAGUGACAGUGUGGACGAUAGCUGGUUGCUGGAUAACAGCGCCCAACAGUCAACCAGUCGGGAGCAGGAACAGGAACAGAAACCGGUUGUCGAGCGCGAGCUGAACGAGCAUGUCCAUGUGGAUCCAGUAAGCAGCAUCAUAAAGCUGCGCUGUCAAAAUGUCAGCAUGACCGAGAUCAAUGCCGAGCUGCUGCUUAAUCGUCACAUUAACUAUGAGCAUGUGACGCUGCUCCAUGUAGCUAACACUGAUAGCAGCAGCAGCUCCUCCUCCUCCUCCUCACUCCAGUUGCAGCAGUACGAGAACAUGCGUCAGUUCAAGUGGAUCGAUAGCUUGCUGCAGGAUGAGACAUUGCAACGUCUCUUUGUCCAGCAGACGCAACGCUUUGAGUCUGUGGAAACACUGGAUUUUAGCGAGAAUCAAUUGAACUGCAUCCACUGGGCGCAGCCACAGGCGAUGCGACGCCUUAAAGUACUACGAUUGAGUGGCAAUCGCUUGGCCAACUGCAGUCUGGUCGAGCUGCAGUAUAUGAAUCAUCUGCUCGAGCUGCAUUUGGAUCGCAACGAUUUGCAGGCACUUCCCGCCCAUUUUUUGCAUCAGUUGAGCGAAUUACGAUUGCUCAAUCUAAGCCAAAAUGCGCUGGGGGAAUUGCCUCGCAAUAUUUUCGAGGGUGCACUGCAGUUGGAGUGGUUGCAUCUAGCCGGGAAUCGAUUGAGCAUCUUACCGUUUCAGCUUUUUCAAACAGCUCGCGAUUUGCGACUGUUGGAUUUGAGCGUCAAUCGUCUGCUCUCGUUUCCCGAUAAUUUCUUUGCAUUGAACAGUCAACUGCGUAAUCUGCAGCUCCAGAGCAAUCAACUGCAGUCGAUUGGCAAGCACAGCUUUUAUAAUCUACGUGAGCUGCGCCAUUUGGAUUUGUCACUGAAUGAGCUGAGGAGCAUCGAUCGCAAGGCCUUUGACUCCUUGGAGAAUCUCAUAGUGCUCAAUAUAUCCAGCAACAAGCUAACGCUGCUGUCCUCCAUCAUCUUCCAGCCACUGCAUGCACUGGAUCAACUGGAUCUCAGUCGAAAUCUGUUUAAACAGCUACCCGGCGGAUUGUUCCAGACGCAACGCAAAUUGACCCUGUUACGCAUCGAUGAGACGUCGCUGGAGCAGCUGCCCAAUUGGAUCUCACGCAAUGAGGAUUAUGUGGAUGCACAAGUCCUGCAACGUCUGCGCUAUUUGUCCAUGCAACAGAAUACAAAGCUCACACAGUUGCCGCCCACAUUAUUUGCCAAUGCCCGCAAUCUCCGUGAGCUGCUCCUGGCCGACAAUAGUCUGGUCAAGUUGCCCUCACAAAUUGGCAGUUUGACGCGUCUGCAGCGUCUGAGUUUGCGUGGCAAUCGCCUCAGUUCGCUGCCCGAGAGUCUUAAGGAUCUACGGCAAUUACACUACUUAAAUAUACUGGGGAAUGAGUAUCAAUGUGAUUGCAGCAUGUAUUGGCUUUCCGGCUGGUUAACCAACGCCACAACCUCGUUGCGAAGUGGCAGUCAAACGUUGGACUCCUAUGAGCAUAUCGAUAACCAAAUCGAUGCACUCAAGUGUCAAUAUGGUUACCCAGGAGACAUGCUGCGAGUGCUGAGCAAUCUCAAUUGCAGUGUUCCCCUUGUGGUGCAAUCCUCAGAGCCCAAGAUGUAUAGACUUCAUGCCACCGCCAAGCUGGAGUGCCGAGUCUAUGGCAGUCCAACACCGGACAUUAUUUGGGUGACGCCGCGUAAUAAAAUUCUUCGUCAUCAUGCCGAUCCCGACAAGCGGCCCAUAAUUAUCAACAGCGAUAAUGAGCAUCAGCCCAGCAAAUUUGAGCUAAUCGCUCUAACAGAUGAAAGCAACGCACAGGCGAUGAGUGUGAACAUCAGCAGGCAGAAAAGCACAGUGGGACAACGCGUGGUACUCAUCGAGAAUGGAUCUCUGUUGGUGCACAACAUUUCCCGCGGUGACAGCGGACUUUAUACUUGCUAUGCCUUCAAUGUGAUGGGCAAUGCUUCGGCUGGAAUCAGGCUCUACAUCGAUCCCAUUGUGUUUUAUCGCGUUAAGAUCGAGAGUUUGCUGGCGGGCACAGCACUUGCUACGGCCUUUUUAUUGCUCACACUCAUCGUACAAGGACUGCGCAGUUGCUUGACAAGAUUGGGGGUCUGUGAGCGGCUAUCCUGUUGUGCGAAUCGCAACAAAAGGUCUCCUAGAUCUCGUCAGAUCUAUGCCAUGCUCGACAGCAUCGAGAGCUACAAAAGCCAGCAGCUGGAGAAGUUGAGAGAAAAUUAUGCACAGCAAGUGCAUCGCAUACGGGAGAAUUGCGCCCAACAGGUCGAGUGGAUACAAAGCAGUUAUACCACACAGGCUAAGCACGUUAAAGAGUUCCGGGACAUUGGUUCCAAUCAUUUGACUGCACUUAAGGAUCAAUAUUGCGAUCAGGUAAAAAAGGUGCGCGAUUAUUCCACCGGCCAAUUGAGCUGGGUACGCGAGAACUAUGUCUUCCAGCGUAACAAAAUACGUAAGUUCAGUGCCCACCAGGUGUUAAGACUUCGCGAAGGUUACAAGUAUCAGCAGCAGUCGCUAAACAAGGUUCUGGAGAAUCUGCCCAGUUUCUAUUUUGAAAACUGUCGCGGCCGCUGCGAGGAGGACAUUGUUGAGGAUAUAGACUGCUAUUUAAAGAGCCAAAUGGAGAAGGAGCUACACAUACAGAAGAUCAAAUCGCGUCUGAUGGUCGCCAACAUUUCGGCCAGCAAGGCUUCCGUAUACUAUACGCCACCAGAUGACGAUCUGUUGCACGGUUCCCAUUUGCAUCUGCAAACGACGCCCAUACACAUCAAUUACAUAGACGAGAAUUUAGAUCAUCAGAAGUUGGAGUUGCAUGACUUUAAAAUGGAUCCACAACUGCUGCUCUUCAACGCAUCGAGAUUAUAUGUUAACCCAGAAGGUGCAAGUAGUAGUCAGGCAGCUGCAGCUGCCGCUGCAGCAAUGGCAGCAGCAUCAUCUCUGGCUUGCAGCAUUGAGGAUAAUAAUGUGGAUAUGCAGUUAUUGGCUGACAGCGGCAGCCCAAUGGAGAUGAAUGAACUGAAGGACUCGAACGAUGUUAAGAAUUCGAAAUCGUGUCCUGCUAUUUAUAAGGUAUCCAAGCAGCUAGAUGGCAGCACGCUGCACGAGCUCCUCACCACCGAUGGCGAAGGAGCACCACAACAUAUGUUGCGCUUCAAUCCGGUUGACGAAUCAUCACUGACGACGAUGCAGCUACCCAAGGAGAAGCUCAACAUUGUACUGGUGGAAGACUGCGACAAGGCAUUGCUUCAUCAUCAGCAGCAACAACAGCAGCUGGAGACGGAUUCUGGCACGGAACUAUCCACUUCCACGAGCGGCUCCAACAGCGACAGUGCCUCAAACUGUCCAACACACUAUCAGCCGGCCAAUGCCACAGUAUCUGCAAAAAAUUAGAUGGUUUUUUUUUGUUAAAUUUGAUAAUCAUUUCGAAUUGCAAGGGAAAAUGAAAAAUGAGAAGAAUAUCAACAGCAACAACAACAAAUGACGCUAAAAUAAAUUCAUCAAGUUAUUGUUAAUUGUAAUAUGGAAAGGCAUCAUACAAUAAUUACGUUUAGAUUUAAUUAGUGAAACUUAAUGAAUUCAAAUGCUGAAUAUCAAAUGGAGUACAUAAAAAAAACAUAAAAAGUCAUACCUUUAAAAAGUAGCAAAAAAAAACCAAUUUGAAUUUGAAAAAAAGGUAUCAUUAACUAUUGUCAAUAAUACUUGAAAAGAAGCCCCCUAUUUGUGAUUUCAACUAUGAUAUGAAACAAUUUAUUUAUAGAGACCGCAUCAAAUCUACAUAUACAUACAUUCAUAUAGUCAGGCAUAUUUUAAAACGACAAAUACAAAUUUUAUUCAAAUUCUAAAACGCAAAAUAAAAGCA